CUCUUUUCCUAUCAUUCCACGAUCAAUGAUACGCAAAGGUUUGUUUUUGCUCAGUUAUUUUACAGUUUAGAAAUUGAAGAGGCCAACUAGGAGCUGAGUUUAAGGUCGUUUAUAGUUUUCCAUCGAAAACAAAGCGGGACCCAUUGAUUUGAUUUAAUACGGGUCGGAUUGUCGUAUCGUCAGAUCGCUGAAACCACGUUUUCCCUUGAACGCCAAAGAGAUUUUACAUUCAUGGCCGUAAAAAGAGGGGGCUCAUAGCAAGUCUUCCACUCCGGCAAAAGAAAACAGUAGUGGCCAUCCGACAGUUGAAAGACAACCGGGGCAUAACGUUGACGUCUCUGCGCCCGCGCCGAAACGGCCAUGGAUGCUCCGUCCCUUUUCCUCCAUGUCGCAUCCGUUGAUCAGUCAGAAAGCCUGCUGAAAGGAAUCAGACUCCGUACUACUUUCCAGUGAAUUCACCAUCCAUCGUCGAUGCGAAACGUUCGCUUUUUCAAAAUCCCACAGUGAAUAUGAAGCGGUGAUCAGCAAACUUGGACCAUUUACCUUCCUAAGAUUGACUGUUUGUUUUUGGUGCAAUCUGGGCCAGUGCGGUUUAGCAGUGAAAAUAACAUGGCAACCGUGACGGAUUGACGAGGAUAAAUAUAUUAAAAAGAGGAACUGCAGUGCAAAGAAAUCAGUGAAAAGAAAAAGAAAAAGAAGGAGUAGUCGUUGCGUUAGUAAUAGUUUGAUUCGUAACUCUUCUGGAACGGCGCAAUGCAGCGCGAUAACCAUGGCAGCGGUAUAGAUCCGCGUCAAUAUGUAGGUCCCUACCGAAUGGAUAAAACCCUUGGGAAAGGACAAACCGGUUUGGUGAAACUGGGAGUACAUUGCGUGGCUGGGAAGAAAGUCGCCAUCAAAAUCAUCAAUCGUGAAAAGUUAAGCGAGUCUGUAUUGCAAAAGGUGGAGCGUGAAAUAGCCAUCAUGAAACUUAUAGAACACCCCCACGUUCUUGGAUUGUACGAUGUCUACGAGAACAAAAAAUAUCUAUAUCUGGUUCUGGAACAUGUUUCUGGCGGCGAGCUGUUCGAUUACUUGGUUAAAAAAGGCAGACUGACACCCAAAGAGGCCAGGCGAUUCUUCCGGCAAAUUAUUUCUGCGCUCGACUUCUGCCACAGCCAUUCGAUUUGCCACCGAGACCUCAAACCUGAAAACUUGCUACUGGAUGACAAGAAUAACAUCAAAAUAGCCGAUUUUGGUAUGGCUUCAUUACAACCGGAAGGCAGCAUGCUGGAGACCAGCUGCGGAUCACCACAUUAUGCUUGCCCUGAAGUCAUCCGGGGGGAAAAAUAUGACGGUCGACGAGCAGACGUUUGGUCUUGUGGCGUCAUCUUGUACGCCUUGUUAGUUGGAGCGUUACCUUUUGACGACGACAAUCUAAGGCAAUUGUUGGAGAAGGUCAAACGUGGUGUCUACCACAUUCCACAUUUUGUGCCGCCUGAAUGUCAGUCUCUUCUACGUGGCAUGAUCGAAGUCAACCCAGAGAAGCGAAUGACGCUGGCCGAGAUCCAUCGCCAUACUUGGGUGGUGGCUGGCAGCGCCGGAUGUCGCGGAGGAGAACUUGAAUUGGAGUUACCAAUGAUGUCUGUCGUCCAGACACGUAUUCUGCCCACAGAAGAUGACUGUGAUCCGGACGUUCUUCAAGCUAUAACUAGUCUCGGCUGCUUUAAGGAUCGUAAAAAACUUAUCCAGGAGCUUCUUAAUCCCAAUCACAAUACUGAAAAGGUUAUUUACUUUCUACUGCUGGAUCGUAAGAAACGUCGACCGGCUUGCGAAGAUGAUGCUGAACUCGUCGUCCGAACUCAGCAGCCACGUAACGAAAAUAUAGAUCCACCUAAGAAAAGGAUCGAUACUCUUAAAGUCAAUGGCCCGGUGACUGCUCAAUUCCAGCUGUCCCAAGGCUCUCCAAUCAUUGCUCGACGACAAGUUUACAAUCACUGGCCAAGACGAUCAACGGGGCACUCGACCUACCCCGGACCGGGUAAUCAUCACCACACUGGAUUUGUGGCACAACCCUUGAGUAGUAGUAGUAACAACAGCACGCCAUCGGCCUCUCCGGUGCCAUCCCCUCGUCCUGUUCAUCGUUUGCUUGCGUCCAAUCAGUACGGUGGAGGGGGGAGCAGCGUAUCCGGCAGCGCUGGUUGCGGGAGUGGGACGUCUCCUUCGCGAAAUGCCAGCAAAACUACAGCGGCCAACAAUGGAGGAGCUCCCAGCUUAGGGGGAGGUCAGCAACUGGCCAGCGAUGGAUCAUACCUUCAGGGAACGUCGACUCCACCCGGUUCUCCUAAUCCAUGGAGGACUCGCCUUACCACUACUAUUAAAAAUAGCUUUCUUGGCUCGCCGCGAUUCCACCGCAGAAAAUUACUUCAAGGAGACGAAGUCAGUUUGACACCGGAACCGGAAUCGUCACCCGAGUUGACUAAACGUUCGUGGUUUGGAACUCUGAUGGGCAGUGAACGCGAUGAAACCUACACUAUUCUGGUCAAAGGAAAACCUUUGGCCUCUGUCAAAGCUGACCUGAUUCAUGCCUUUCUAUCGAUUGCAGAUUUGAAUCACAGCGUCGCUAGUCCCAUGUCGUUCAAAGUGGAAUAUCGCCGCGGCACUUCCGGGCCGGCCAUGUUCCAGCGUCACGUCAGGUUCAACGUCGAUAUCGCCGCAAUUGGUCAGCACGAAGCCAAAGGGGAACGUUGUGCAGAAAUCGACAUUCUUUACGCAGUGACUUUCGUUUUAAUCGCAGGGAAUCUCCGUCGCUUUCGCCGACUUUGUGAACUGAUCCAAGUUCAGGUGUGCAGUCGUCGGCCACCGCCAGCAUCCCCUAGAGCUUCACGCAAGUUUACCUCGUCGGAGCUUCGUGACAGCGAAAGCGGAGGGUCGGAUAUUUCAGAUAAGUCUUCGUUGUUGACCGGCGACGGUGGCAAUGGUGAAAAACGAGCAUCUUCUUCGUCUGCCGUGUCCAGAGGGAAAACGUGCGCCAGGAAACCUGCCGGCGCUACUGGAUCGACGGCGAUGUCGACUCCAGCGCCUGCGGUGUCUUCGAUUCUGGGAACUCGUCGACCGUCUCCGAAAUCCCCUUCCGACCCGCUAGCCAACCCAAUACUGGAAGAGCUGGCCGAAACGCAAUCUAAUAAUCAUGAUUCAGCGGACGUCAGCAAUACCGCUGUUUUAGACAAAUCUAGCCUUUUAGUCCAGGAUGACAACUUGGAGAAAAUGAACGUACAAAACGGACUGAGCCCCGAGCAGCGAGAGAACGGCAAUCCGCCGACUUCGAUUGUCCCGAAUGAAACCAACAUCGUCGAGACGAACAGGUCGUCUUCUCAGGACAAUAACGAAAAGGUGGCCAUGAAAAUGAAAGGUAAAUCGUCUCGGGGCGAUUCGACUGACGCGCUACUCAGCGACGAGGAGAAAUCGCCAAACGAUGAAAAUAAUCCGUCGACAGAGUGAGGUUCCAAUGAAGCGAUGACGUAUUCCAUAACUUUGUUACCUCGAUACGAUGUUCCUCAGAAAGGAACAGAUGGAAAAGAAAAAAAAAAAAAAAAUUAGUCCUUUUAUUUGAGAAUAUUUGUAAGAGGCAUUCCACGACAUUUGUCCAAUACUUUGCCGUCCCAUUUGACAGCGUGUGAGGGGAAAUCAUUCUUCCUUUUUCUGUUCAGUGUUUCAUUUAUUUAUAGGCCUUCUCAAACAUUUUCUGUUUUCUGGUAGAGGAUGACUUCUACUCUGUAACAGUCAAAUGAGAAAGCUAUGAGAUAUAUUGGCCUAAUAAACAUUAAUCCGUGAUUGACGCGCGCGCUGUAGAGCUGCAUGUUAAUUUUUUUAAACUGUCAAUUAUUCCGCUGCUUUACUGAUCAAUGAAUUUUUGCCUCUGUUUUGAAGCUAAUCUUAUUGUUGCCACUCAUCAUUUUCGUUUUCCUAGUCAUUUCAAAUUCUUUUCCUUGUCGAUGAAAGCAGAUCGUGCAGUGAUGUUUCUUGAAAGUGGUAUUGUACUUUACUUUGUUCUAGUAUCGAUCCAACUAAUAAAAAAUUGGUCUUUCUCGUCAACCAAAA